AUGUUAAUUGACGGGGAGGGUGAACGAUCUUACAGCUCAUGUGAAAGGGCUGGGUCCACGGUCGACAAGGCUUACAGCCCAUGUGAAAGGGUUGGGUCCACAAUCGACAAGGCUUAUAUCUCAGGUGAAAGGGUUGGGUCCACGGUCGAGGAG